UUAUUACUGCAUAGAUAAAUAGGUACUAAUCAUUAAAGCAGAGGUGAGGUACUCAGAUAAAAGAAUUGAUUGUAUUAAAUGGUUUAUUAAAAUUCCAACACAACUAUAGCAGUUUUGCUUUUCCAAUGUAAAUGAUAUUGAUUAAAAGUCACUUGACCAGUCUCUCUUGGCCUUGCCACGGUCGCACUUUUAGGGCUUUUUAAUGUAAGCAGAAAAACUUGGGGUUCGUAUUAUGCCAUUUCAGUAGGUAUUACACUGUUAACACUAUCAGAUCGACAGACUUUUAGAAUGGGAACCAGCAGCUUUGAUGGCACUGCUCUGCUGUGCGGCAUAUUUAGUGUGGCUUACAUAGUGUUUAUUACUUUUGCAAUAUUUACCAUAAUAAUGUGCUGAGGAAAUCUUAUUUGUAUUUUUUUGAAUGCUUAACGUCUUAUGGAUAAUUUAAUUACUAUUAAUUUAAGUUGUGGUGGACAAAAUGACGCAUAUGGUUGGCUCUUAUCCCCCCAAGAAGGAAAUACAAUUCUAUUUAACGCCAGCUGAGGAGGCGCCCUCGGGCAUGGUAUCGCGUGGCACAU